AUGACCAGUAUAGCCAGUACAACCACCCAGUGCUCCCAGUAUGACCAGUAUAGCCACCCAUGCCUCCCAGUCUUCAGCCGCAGGGCCGAGCGGCGGCGGCCCCUGCCCGCGGGACCGUGCGCGGAGCCCGGCGCUGACACCGAGAGCGACACCGACUUCCUGACGGCGGUGGAGGACCGCGAGCUGCUCAGCACGCGGCCGGCCCCGCCCCCCAAGAAGGAGCUGGUGAUCCCCCUGAUCCCCCCUGCUGCGGGGGGCGUGGCUUCUGGCCGCACGCGGCCGGCCCCGCCCCCCAAGAAGGAGCUGGUGAUCCCCCUGAUCCCCCCCACCACCCAAGAUCCCUGGAGGGACCUCCCCCCAGACCCCCAGAGUGCCCCCCAGAGCCCUGGCACCCCCAUGGUGCCCUCCUCACCCGGAGCUACCUCAGACCCCAAACUGCCCAGGGGAUCCCCAAACCUCCCCCGGGCCCCCCCAGCCCCGCCCACCCCCCGUGUGCCGCAGACCCCCCAGGACUACGAGGCCGUGCCCGUGGGGCAGUUCGGGCUGGCCAUGCUGCGGGGGAUGGGCUGGAGCCAGGGCCAGGGCAUCGGCCGCACCUUCCCCAGGGUGGUGCCCCCCCUGGAGCACCGGCCGCGCCCGCGGGGGCUGGGGCUGGGGGCCGAGGCCGCCCCCCCCGGCGCCCCCCGGCCCGGGGAGCCCCCCCAGGGCCCGGCCGUGGGAGACGCCGUGAGCAUCGAGGCCGGGCCCCACCGCGGCCUGCCGGGCAAGGUGCAGGCGCUGGAUCCCGAGACCGGGCGGGCGCUGCUGCGGCUGCAGCUGGGGGGGCAGGUGGUGGCCGUGCCCCUGCACGGAGUGCGGCCCCUGCCCGCGGGUGCCUCCGGCCGCCCCCCCCAGCAGGAGGAGGGGGGGCAGGAUGGGGACCCCCCGCGGGGGGGGGGCAAGAGGAAGGAGCCCCCCGAGAGCGACCGGAGCGGGAAGCAGCCCCGGAGCGCCCCCCACUGGCUGCGGCGGGACCUGCGGGUGCGCUGCGUGGACAGAGCCUUCCGGGGGGGGCUGUUCUACAACUGCAAGAUGCAGAUCGAGGACCUGCUGGCCCCCGACACCUGCGUGUGCCGCACGGACGACGGGCGCCUGGUGGAGGGUGAGACCCCCGAAACCCCUCGGCUGGGCCGGGUGCUGGAGCGGGACGCGCGCCGGGGCCGGGCCCUGGUGCAGCUGGGCCGGGCGGGGCCCGCGGUGCUGCCGCUGCCCCUGGACAGCAUCUGCCACUACCUGGGGGGGGGCGACGACGACUGAGACCCCCGACCCCCCCGAGCCCCCCGAGCGCCCUGA